AUGGGAAGCUCAAAUUCUAGAUCAUUUGGUGGAUUUCGAAUAUGUAAUAUAAAUAAAGUUGGAAUAGGUCAGAUAAUUGGAUUGGAAUUAUAUUUCGAUUAUAUUGUUGGAAUUAAUAGAAUUCCUUUAAUAGAUUAUUCUGAUGCCUCACAUGAUUACUUUAUUAGGAGACUGCAUGCUUUAGGUAAAGUUCCUAUUGAAUUAAAUGUAUAUAAUGUGUUAUCUGCCCAGGUACGUACAAUUUUAAUUAGUCCUAAUAAUGGGAAUUGUGAAGAUGAUAAACUAGAUACUGUAGAAGUGCCGCCUACUACUCUGGCGCCACUUAUUGAAAAUACAUGCAUGCAUGUUAAAAAGUUUGAAUUUCUACAAGAUACAAAGGAUAAAACAAAUAGUUUAGGGAUUAGUGUUCAUUGGGAAGAGGUGAUAUGUAGAGGGAUUCGUGUAUUAGAUGUUCAUGAAUCAUCUCCCGCUAGUAUAUCAGGUUUACAACCUAACUGUGACUAUAUUGUUGGCAGUUCAGAUAUACGCCGUCCUUUUUAUUCUAUUGAUGACUUUUUAGCGUUUAUUAAGUCAAAUAUUCAUUCUGAGGUGCAUUUGCAUGUAUAUAAUUCAGAUAUUGAGAAAAUAAGGGAUAUAAAGGUAUGCCCUAAUUCUGACUGGGGUGGUAUUGGUGUCUUAGGAUGUAGUGUAGUGUCUGGAUUUCUCUGUAAUAUCCCUUUAAGGAAAAUGGAAAUAUCAAAUAAAGUGGAUUUGAAAAUAUUAAGAAGUGAAGUUGAGUAUAUUGAAGCUUAUGAGAUUGAAGGUGGUUUUGGAUAUCGUAUAGCUGAGGAUAUCUAUAAUAAUAAUAAUAAUAACCUAGGAGUAUUUGAGGAGAAAUCAUUAGAUGAACUUAAAGAAAAAGAAAUUUCAUUAAGUAAUAUAAAGUCUAAACGUGAAGUAAUUGAAGAUAUUAUAUUAGAGGAACAUACUAGUGGAGAGUGUAUAAAUAGUUUUGAGACAGAUAAUGAUGUAAACAUUCAAUCAGAUAAUACAAUACACCUUUUAGAAAAAAAUACUGAUCCCAGAAAUGAGGAUAUAUAUAGGAAAUUUAAUCGAGAUAUUAUAAUAGGAGUUGAUGAAGAUGGUGCUGAUAGUAAUUAUAAAAAAAGUAAUUCUGCAGAAUUUGAAAGUACAUUUUUAUCUCAAGAUUUAGUAUCUAAACAAUUGCCAGAUAUCCUACAUAAUUGUGAAGUUAUACCAUCUAAUACAGUUAGCAUAGAAGAAAAUUCUAUAUCUCGAGAAUUAGAGUCAAGCCAGAUAACCAGAAUUGAAUCUAUUGAAUUAGAAGAUGGAAAGAAUGAAGAUUCAUUUAAUGAAGCUCAAACAUUAUAUACUCAGAAAACUUACAAUAAUUUAUCUGGAUAUUCAAAUAUUAAACAGGAUAAAUUUAUAAAUGAUCUCAAUUCAAAUGAAGCUAUAAAAGAUAUUAGUAAAGAUUUUAAUAAUAAUUUUUUUAUAAAUUCAAAUAUUUCUAAUAAAUUAGAUAUGAUAACAAAUUCUCUUAAUCCUAAAUUUCUAGAAGACAUAUCAGCUAAUACUGAUAUUGAAAAUAAUCAUAUAGAAGAACAAGACACCUCUAAAACGUGCAUGAAGGUAGAUAUAAGCCCUGAUAAUAAGUCAUUUGAGCAAAGUCCAAUAAAGGGUGCAGUUGAGAAAUCAUUAAUUGAGGAUAUCAAUUGUAACAUUAAAGAUAUACCCACUAUAAAUGAUGCGGUUGAAAUAGUUACAGAUAGAGUUUAUCAAGAGACUCCUGCUUCUACAAAUCUAAAGAAUGAAUCUAUAUAUUUAUGUAAUAAUCAAGAAACUGAAGAAUUGUCUCAAAAAAAUAUAAAUGAGCAUGACUCUCUUGAUAAAUCUAGUAGUUCACAGGAAGACAUGAAACCAAAGAGAACCGCACUCCAGAUAAUUGAGAAGUAUCCACCACAACUUUCCUAUAUACCCCCAGGAUAUAUUAAAAAAAAUCAAAUUUAG